GAUCAAUCUUCAUCAGGCUACAUUUCCAAUCACCUAAACAACCCGGCGAGACAAGCCACUCCGACAAGGUUGGCCGCCCAGAGGGUCUGUGUGAGAGCGAGAGGUAGAUGGUGAGCGGCCCCGGCAGCUGAGGGCAGGCCGGGCCCCCAGACGCAACAGAGCUUGAAGGACUGCGCAGUGGGAGCCCCGCACUGCGCCUGGCCCCCGGCCCCCUGGAUCCGUCGGGGCGCCUCCACCCAGCUGUUAGCAUGAUGUCUUACCUCAAACAACCCCCAUAUGGUAUGAAUGGGCUCGGUCUAGCCGGGCCAGCCAUGGACCUCCUACACCCCUCCGUGGGCUAUCCGGCCACCCCGCGGAAGCAGCGACGCGAGCGCACCACCUUCACGCGCUCUCAACUGGACGUGCUUGAGGCGCUCUUCGCCAAGACUCGCUACCCAGACAUCUUCAUGCGUGAGGAGGUGGCGCUCAAGAUCAACCUGCCAGAGUCCAGAGUCCAGGUCUGGUUCAAGAACCGCCGCGCCAAAUGCCGUCAGCAGCAGCAGAGCGGGAGUGGGACCAAGAGCCGCCCAGCAAAGAAAAAGUCGUCCCCGGUGCGGGAGAGCUCGGGCUCCGAAAGCAGCGGCCAGUUCACGCCGCCUGCUGUCUCCAGUUCCGCCUCGUCCUCCAGCUCCGCAUCCAGCGCCUCAGCUAACCCCGCGGCGGCAGCGGCUGCAGGCCUGGGCGGGAACCCGGCGGUGGCGGUCCCGUCAUCGUUGAGUACGCCUGCUGCUUCCUCCAUCUGGAGUCCGGCCUCCAUCUCGCCCGGCUCAGCGCCGGCUUCAGUGUCGAUGCCCGAGCCUUUGGCUGCACCCAGCAACGCAUCGUGUAUGCAGCGCUCGGUAGCCGCAGGAGCCGCCUCGGCCGCAGCCUCCUAUCCCAUGUCCUACGGCCAGGGCGGCAGCUAUGGCCAGGGCUACCCCGCGCCCUCCUCCUCCUACUUUGGCGGCGUGGACUGCAGCUCGUAUUUAGCGCCCAUGCACUCGCACCACCACCCGCACCAGCUCAGCCCUAUGGCACCCUCCUCCAUGGCGAGCCACCAUCACCACCAUCCCCACGCACACCACCCGCUGAGCCAGUCCUCAGGCCACCACCACCAUCACCACCACCACCACCACCAGGGCUACGGCGGCUCGGGGCUCGCCUUCAACUCUGCCGACUGCUUGGAUUACAAGGAGCCUGGCGCUGCCGCCGCAUCCUCUGCUUGGAAACUCAACUUCAACUCACCUGACUGUCUGGACUAUAAGGACCAAGCCUCAUGGAGGUUUCAGGUCUUGUGAGCCCAGGAGUGGGAGGAAGAGGAGAAGAAACGCAACUACCUGCGCCCUCCGUGAUCCCCGUCCUGUUGUUGCUGCUGCUGCACCGCCCGCCUUUGCCUCGGCUUCUCCAGACCCGAAAUUUCAUGCCCCCAAAAGAUGCCCAUUGCUGCACUGCCGCCCUCAUCUUUGUGCCACUUGCUUGAGGGAUGUGCAAACCCUACCCACCCCUUGGAUGGGGGGACCGGUGCUUCGGCUUGGCCAACAAGUUCUAUACGGGAGAGCUAUGUGCUCCCCUCCUCAGCCCCCACCGAACUCCCAAGUCGCCCUCUUCUAGUCUUUCUGGACAGUUACUAUGUAUGCACUUGCAGCCUUCGGAGGCUCUUCGCUCUGUGUCUUGCUGUUUGAGCCCUACAGUUUAAUUUAUUCUUUCUGGACACUGGAGUCACUAACUGGCAUGUGUCUGCCUGUUGGGAGUGUACCCACACUACUCCAAAUCAAAACAACCACUAAGCGUUUCUCGCCUGCAGACUGCCACCCCUUCAGCUGCCCUCAGCCCCGCUCCCCGCCUGCAGGCCAGAGCCUCCUGGCGUUUCCUCCUCUCCCGCCCAACGCUCGUGGGAGACCCAGGGGAGGAACACGUCCUUAGCCUCUCGCGCACAGCCCCGCCCUGCGUAGAACAGGCUCAGGCUCCCGCCUCGGCGGGAAUGCUGUAUAUAGUCAGGUCCGUUCCAGGGACCACUUAAACUUUUUAGUUGCUGUUGGUUGAACUGAGUAUAUCUUGUCUUAGCCCAAGAAAUAGAACUUUAAGAUAUAUACAGCAUAUAUAUAUAUAUAUAUACACACACAUAUAUA